UAUUUUCCACAGUGGCUGCACCCUUUUACCUUCCCACCAGCAGUGUAUGAGGGUUCCGAUUUCUCCACAUCCUCACCCACACUUGUUAUUAUCAGUCUUUGAUUAUAGCCAUCCUAGUAGGUCUAGUGGGUGUUAAGUGGUAUAUGAUUAUGCUCUUGAUUUGCAUUCAUCUGGUGACUUAAAGAUGUUGAGCAUUUUUUUUUCAUGUGAGUAUUGGUCAUUUGUAUCUCUUCUCCAGGAAAAAAUAUCUAUUCGGAUCCAUUUUUUAACACGGUUAUUUCUCUUUUUAUUAUUAAGUGGAGACCAUGUUCACCGAUAAGGGAAUGGCGGCUCACAUAAGCCAGAACCGACUCAAGGCCAGCGGCCUGGGCCAACACCACAAUGCCCAGAACUACAGUGACCAGAGCUUUGAGGAGCUGCAAGCACUCUGUCUGAGGAAGGGGGAACUGUUCCAGGACCCCAUAUUCCCUCCCGAACCCACUUCAUUGGGCUUCAAGGAACUGGGACCUGACUCCAAAAAUGUGCAGAACAUCUGCUGGCAGCGUCCCAUUGAAAUCACAAGCAAUCCUCACUUCAUUGUGGAUGGUGUCUCUCCGACAGACAUCUGCCAGGGGAUACUUGGGGACUGCUGGCUGCUGGCUGCCAUCGGCUCCCUUACCACGUGUCCCAAACUGCUGUACCGCGUGGUACCCAAGGGACAGAGCUUCAAGAAGAACUAUGCUGGCAUAUUCCAUUUUCAGAUUUGGCAGUUUGGGCAGUGGGUGGACGUGGUGGUGGAUGACCUGCUGCCCACAAAGAACGGCAAGCUGGUAUUCGUGCACUCAGGCGAGCGCACUGAGUUCUGGAGCGCCCUGCUGGAGAAGGCGUACGCCAAGCUGAGUGGGUCCUACGAAGCACUGUCAGGGGGCAGCACGGUGGAAGGCUUUGAAGACUUCACGGGGGGAGUGACCCAGAACUUCCAACUCCAGAGGCCUCCUAAGAACCUGCUAAGAAUGCUUAGGAAGGCCAUAGAUCGAUCCUCCCUCAUGGGCUGCUCUAUCGAAAUCACCAGCAGCAGUGAGUUGGAAUCCAUGACCCAGAGGAUGCUGGUGAGAGGACAUGCUUACUCAGUGACUGGCCUUCAGGAUAUCUGGUACCACGGCAGGACGGAAACCCUGAUUCGGGUCCGGAAUCCCUGGGGCCGGAUUGAGUGGAAUGGAGCCUGGAGUGACAACUCUGUGGAGUGGGAAGAGGUGUCCCCAGACAUCCAGAAGCAGCUGCUGCACAAGAUGGAGGAUGGGGAGUUCUGGAUGUCCUACCAAGAUUUCCUGAAGAACUUCACAUCCCUGGAGAUCUGCAGCCUGAUGCCUGAUGCACUCUCUGGGGACUAUAGGAGCUGUUGGCACAUCAUCUUCUACGAGGGCAGCUGGCGGCGGGGCAGCACUGCGGGGGGCUGCAGAAACCACGUUGACACGUUCUGGACCAACCCCCAGUUUAGGAUCUCUCUCCCUCUGGAGGAUGACCCAGAGGACGAGGAAGCCAUCUGUACCUGCCUGAUAGCCCUGAUGCAGAAGAACUGGCGGCAGGCACGACCCCAAGGAGCCCCAUUACAGACCAUUGGCUUUAUCAUCUACACGGUCCCAAAGGAGUUGCAGAACAUCCAAGAUAUCCACUUGAAGAAGGACUUCUUCAUAAAGUAUCAGAACCAUGGCUUCUCAGAGAUCUUCACCAACUCACGUGAAGUGAGCAGCUAUCUCCAGCUGCCUCCAGGGGAAUAUAUCAUCAUUCCCUCCACCUUUGAGCCGCACAGGGAUGCUGACUUUCUGCUUCGGGUCUUCACAGAGAAGCACAGCAUGUCCUGGGAAAUGGAUGAAGUCAACUGUGCUGAGCUACUCCAAGAGGAAAACGUCUCUGAGCAUUACGUAGACCAGGAGUUCAAACAUUUGUUUGAGAUAGUGGCAGGAGGAGAGGACAAGGAGAUAGGCAUGUAUGAGCUACAAAGGCUGCUCAACAAGGUGAUCCACAAACUCAGAAACAUCAGCGCCAAGGGCUUUAGCCUAGACGCGUGCCGUUGCAUGAUCAACAUCAUGGAUAAAGAUUGCUCUGGCAAGCUGGGACUUCCAGAAUUCCAGAUCCUGUGGAAAAAAAUCAAGAAAUGGACGGACAUCUUCCAAGAGUGUGACCAGGACAACUCAGGUUCCUUGAACUCCUAUGAGUUGCGCUUAGCAAUUGAGAAAGCAGGCAUCAAGGUGAAUAACAAGGUGGUGCAGGUGCUAGUGGCCAGGUAUGCAAAUGAGGACAUGAUCAUGGAUUUCGACAGCUUCAUCGGUUGUUUCACGAGGCUGAAGGCCAUGUUUGGUAAGUCAGGCACCUCCCAUUCUCCACCCUAAGCUGGACUACUGGCCUUCUCCCACAUAUCCGCAUGAGGGGCUCUACUUCAGAGCCACGCCCUCUUAUAGGUCACAGGUGAUCUGGGUUCACAUUCUAGCUCCACCACUUGCUGGCUCAGUGCCUUCAGCCAGUCACUUUAUCUCUCUGUGCCUCCAUUGCCUCGCCUAUAAAAUGGGGAUAAUAGUCCUGCCCUCAUGGGUUAGAGGUACAGAUUAAAUGAGUUAGCAUAUGGAGAGCACUUAGAACUGGGCCUGGCUCAGAGCAAGGCUCUAUGAGUUGUUAUCAUCAGUCCCCUGCUUGGCGGGGGUGGCGGGGUGGAGAGUUUAGCUGGGGAGCAUCAAGGGACAGACAACCUCUUAUGCCCUUACCAGUUGGGUCUGACUCAGCUGUCAACCCCUUUCUCCUUGCCUCCUCCCUCAAACAGCAUACUUUCUAACCAUGGACCCCAGGAAUACUGGCUAUAUUUGC